GUCAUGGAUUUGUUGACAUUCGUGGCACAAUGAAACUGCACCAAGAAGCUCAGAAGAAUGUAACGAGCGUCGGGAAAAGGGCGACCUAAAGAAACGAAACAUCAAGACUUUUGGGAUUUGUGAAACAGUUUCGUCAUGUUGCACGUGGAUUUCAGGACACUGAUUCAGCCUAUUGGCAUUGUGCGGAUACUGGAGGUGGUUCUGACUUGCAUCUGCUUUGCAUUGGUGGCGUCAACAGGAGUCCCGAACCAGAGUGUGUCCCAUUGGGCCUGGUGCAUGUUCUGCUGGUGCUUCUGCUGUUUCACAACCCUCCUUAUCCUCGUCCUGGAGUUCACCAGCCUCAACACCAAAGUGCUCAUAUCCUGGGAGGACUUCACCAUGGCCUUUGCUAUGCUGGCCACGCUUAUGAUGGUCACCAUUUCAAUCAUCUUUCCCACGUUCUUCGCCUCCUCCUCCUCCAGCUCCAGGCAGAUCGGGGCAUCCGUGGUGUCCUGGUUGUGUUUCGGACUGUACGCCGGCGAGGUCUGGCUGAUCCACAAAAAACCUGGUGAAAUCAGCGGCUUUCUGUCCACUGUCCCUGGUCUCCUCAAAAUCCUGGAGACCUUUGUCUCCUGCAUCAUAUUCACGUCUUUGAGUCCGGCCGAAUAUACGAGGUCUCCGGGAACGCAGUGGUGCGUGGCCGUCUACUCCAUAUGCUUCAUUUUUUCACUGCUGAUUAUUCUCCUCACCAUUGCCAAGCUGUUGCACGUCUUUCCGUUUUCUUUCGACAAGGCGGUCAUCACCUUCAACAUCCUGGCCGUGGCGAUGUACGCAACCACUGUUGUUAUCUGGCCGCUGUAUGCAUUUGACCAACGCUCACGUCCAAAUAUCUGUAACCACUGUCCAUGGGAUGAUCUGGUGGUGGUGACCUUCAUGACCGUCAUCAACUUCUUGGUAUACACUGGAGACAUGGCCUACUCGGUUAAAAUAGUAUUCUUUACCCAUCAUGAAGAGGGUGGUUAACCCUUCUUUGUUUUCACGUGAGAAAA